CCGGGCAAUUUGGAGCCGCGCGCCGGGCGGGAAGGUAAGAUGGCGGAGUAGCAAAGAGAAGCGGUUAGCUUUUGAGUCUCUGGGCCAACUCGGUUGCCGGUCUCCGCAGCUGCCACGAACGCCGAGAGAAGAGUGCCUUGGGUCGUUGGCCAGGAUGCCGAAUAUCAAAAUCUUCAGCGGCAGCUCCCACCAGGACUUAUCCCAGAAAAUCGCCGACCGCCUGGGCCUGGAGCUAGGUAAGGUGGUUACGAAGAAAUUUAGCAACCAGGAGACCUGUGUGGAGAUAGGGGAGAGUGUCCGCGGCGAGGAUGUCUACAUUGUGCAGAGCGGUUGUGGUGAGAUCAAUGAUAAUCUGAUGGAGCUUCUGAUCAUGAUCAAUGCCUGCAAGAUCGCCUCGGCCAGCCGCGUGACGGCGGUCAUCCCAUGCUUCCCCUACGCGCGGCAGGACAAGAAGGACAAGAGCCGGGCUCCCAUCUCGGCCAAGCUUGUUGCCAACAUGCUGUCCGUGGCGGGUGCCGACCACAUCAUCACCAUGGACUUGCACGCGUCUCAGAUCCAGGGCUUCUUUGAUAUCCCGGUGGACAAUCUGUACGCCGAGCCGGCUGUCCUCAAGUGGAUCAAGGAGAACAUCUCCGAGUGGAGGAGCUGCACCAUCGUCUCCCCUGAUGCUGGCGGAGCCAAGAGGGUGACCUCCAUUGCCGACCGCUUGAACGUGGACUUUGCCUUGAUCCACAAAGAGCGGAAGAAGGCCAACGAGGUGGAUCGCAUGGUGCUGGUAGGAGACGUGAAGGAUCGCGUGGCCAUCCUGGUCGACGACAUGGCCGACACGUGCGGUACCAUCUGCCACGCGGCCGACAAACUGCUCUCGGCUGGAGCCACCCGAGUCUACGCUAUCUUAACGCACGGCAUCUUUUCGGGGCCAGCCAUUUCCCGCAUCAAUAACGCGUGCUUUGAAGCCGUGGUCGUCACCAACACCAUACCUCAGGAGGACAAGAUGAAGCACUGCUCCAAGAUCCAGGUGAUCGACAUCUCCAUGAUCCUUGCGGAAGCCAUCAGGAGAACUCACAAUGGGGAAUCGGUUUCCUACCUGUUUAGCCAUGUCCCUUUAUAACAACAUAACUUCCCAGGCUUUUUUUUUUUAAAAUAAAAGUAACCCCACUGCUUACUUUUUUUAUGUUGGGGCUCACAAUGGUAAUUGUUCUAUAUGCACAUCUUUAAAAAGCUUGAUAUAUCUUUCCCUCUCUGCAGAUCUACCUUUUCAUUAAAAAUAAAUCUUAAAAGGGGGGGAGGGGAGGGGAGGGCUGGCGCAAUGGCUGCAGUGGCUAAUCUUAAGCCACUUAAUGGCAGGCUCCCAUAGGAGCUCCGGUUCGUAUCCCGGUUGCUCCACUUCCCACUAAGCUCCCCACUUGUGGCCUGGGAAAUCUGCGGCUGGUGGUUCUAGUCCCUGGGCCAUCAUGGGAGACCCGGAGAAGCUCCUGGCUCUUGGCGUCAGAUCAGCUCAAGUCCUGCUAUUGCAGCCAUUUAGGGAGUGGACCGGUGGAUGGAAGAGCUUUCCUUCUUUCUAUAAAUCUGCCUUCCAAUAACAAUAAAUGGUAAUAAAAGCUUGAUUUAAGCUA